UUUUACACCUUAACGAUUUGCCUUGAACUUAUCUGAGAAGCUUUCUCUCUGCACCGCCAUCUCCCACUGAAAAAAACCUUAAAUUUGGCUGGUGUAAGAGGAGCACGGGCUUCUUCGCUCCUCCUUUUUACUUCUUGAUGCUUUUAUCUUCGGGUUUUUUCCUUCUCGGUUGAGACCAUAUCCAUUGCCUUGUGCGAUUAAUCUCUCUUUGCAAGAUCCAGCACCUGGUCUGUUCUCGGUGGGGUUAAAUCCAAACGGAAGCAAUCAGUUUUUCUUGAAGCCACCUCCCGCCACUGUUGCCAUUCUCUUGAAGCCAUUUACUGCCUUUCGGCGUCCACUGUCAAUUCAACAAUUGAAGGUGGAGGAAAUUGUUCAACAAAAUAGUGUAGGUAUUUCAAAGAGAAAAUAAAUGUCGUGUAAUCGAUCUUUCUGUCUUAGCUGUUGGAGAAAUUUGUGCUGAAGUGAUGUUCAAAAUGGGUACAUGGAAGUGAACUUUGUCAUAAGGAAAGUCCGUUUUCAUGCCUGCGUUCCUUCUUGGGAAGCUUCAAAAGUCCAAAGGCAAGCCAAUCAGAAAGCUAAUCUGGCAGCAAAAUGGGGUGCGGCUCACAAAUCUGAUACACUCCCUGGAGCUCUUCUUUGUAUUCUUUUCUUUCUUCUUGUUUGUUUCUCCUUUUCCUUCUUCCUGUAUUGCUCCGUAAAAAAAAAAAGUCAAAGUUUUCUUCUAGCAUUUUUCUGUAAUUACUUUUCCUUCUCCCUGUACUGCAAGUUAGAGAGGGAUAGGUAGCAUGAUGACUAAUCACCAGCCAUGCCUCUUAUUUGCUCUGCUUUCAAUCCUGUCUUAUUACAGAGCAUGCUUCUCCAUAGCUGCUGAUACCCUUUCACCAGCUCACUCUCUUUCAAAGAGCGACACCAUAGUAUCUCAAGGUAACAAUUUUGAGCUGGGUUUCUUCAAACCAGGCACUACAUUAAAAAUCUACCUGGGCAUAUGGUAUAAAGGGUUUCAUGAGGAAAUUGUUUGGGUAGCAAAUAGAGAAAACCCUUUGUCUAGCCCAUCUUCCUCAAGACUUGAGCUCUCAGAAAAUGGCAAUCUACUCUUGUUUGAAGGUUCCUCCGAGAUCCCAGUUUGGUCGACAAAUUUGACAUUUCCCCAGUUAAAUAUAACUGAAGCAGUACUUGGUGAUAAUGGAAAUUUUGUUUUGAGAGGUAGAUCAAACACCUCUUCUAUAUUUUGGGAGAGUUUCGACCAUCCAACCGAUACAUUGCUGCCAGGUGCGAAGCUUUGGGCUAGAAAACCACAGCAGCUCAUUUCAUGGAAAAAUUCAGAAGAUCCAGCACCUGGUUUGUUCUCGUUGGGGUUAAACCCAAAUGGAACUUUCUUAGAGUGGAACAGAUCCCAAAUCUAUAGGACGUCGGAAGUUUGGAAUGGAACAUUUCUCAGCUCACUUUCUGAAAGGAGCAUUAUCUUCAACUACACUUUUGUGUCAAGUAAAAAUGAAAGUGAGAGAUAUUUUACUUACUCUCUUCAUAAUCCUUCUAACCUCGCCAGAUUUCGAAUUGCCCAAACUGGACAGAUUAUGGCACUGGUGUGGCUGCCUGGCCUUUCCAUUUGGAGUAUAAUUGGGACUUCACCGAGCAACCUAUCUGAUGUCUACGUCUUGUGUGGUGCAUUUGGCGUGGUACAAUACCCUGACAAUUCCUCAAACCCUUGUGAGUGUCUAAAAGGUUUCAAACCAUUUUCGAUGGAAGACAUCAGACUAAAUGAUUGGUCAGGCGGUUGUGUGAGGAAAUCUCCUUUGCAAUGUGAGAAUAGUACGUAUGCUAAUGUCAAAAAAGAUUGGUUCAUGAAAAUAUCAAACAUGCGAUUGCCUGUUUAUUCGAAAGCAUAUUUGGCCUCGAAUGCUAGCAGAUGUGAAUUGGCUUGCAUGGAAAAUUGUUCUUGCACAGCUUAUGCUUAUAAUAUGAAUGGGUGUAUGAUAUGGGAAGGAGCUCUUUUAAACUUACUGCAAUUCCCAAAUGGUGGCAAGACUGGACAAGAUAUCUAUCUCAAACUUUCUGCUCAUGAGUAUCCAGAUCUGCGUACCAAAGAAUCAGGCCAAAAAUGGAGAGUGUGGGUAGCUGUGCUGAUCCCUGCAACAGGGCUUAUCUUAUGUCUCUCAAUUUGCUUUUCAUGCAAGGGAAAGCUCAAAUGCAUCGAUCAAACAGGAGAGAGCCCUUCAAGUAAUAAUCUACUAUUAUUUGAUUUUGAUACUGAACUCCAUGCAAACAAUGAUGGAAUGAACACCGAAAAUAAUAAAAAGAAACGAGAGAAGAAGGAUGCUGAGUUACCAUUAUUCAGUUAUGAGAGUGUAUUAGCUGCAACAAAUAAUUUCUCAGGUGUGAAUAAACUUGGAGAAGGAGGUUUUGGACCUGUCUACAAGGGAAAAUUACUCCGAGGACAUGAAAUUGCAGUGAAAAUGCUUUCAAAAAGAUCUGGACAGGGAAUUGAGGAGUUCAGAAAUGAGACAAUACUAAUUGCAAAACUUCAACAUAGAAAUCUUGUCAGACUCUUAGGUUGUUGUAUCGAGCGAGAUGAAAAGAUAUUAAUAUAUGAGUACAUGCCCAAUAAAAGUUUGGACUUCUACCUUUUUGAUCCAACCAAGAAAAAGAUGUUAGGCUGGGAGACACGCAUACAAAUUAUUGAAGGGAUCGCUCAAGGGCUUCUUUAUCUUCAUCAAUAUUCAAGGUUACGAAUCGUACAUAGAGAUCUAAAACCUAGUAACAUUCUCUUGGAUAGUGAAAUGAAUCCAAAAAUAUCAGAUUUUGGCUUGGCUCGAAUAGUUGGACGCAAUGAAACACAAGCAAACACAAACCGAAUUGUUGGAACUUAUGGCUAUAUGUCUCCCGAAUAUGCUAUGGCUGGUUUGUACUCAACAAAGUCUGAUGUGUUUAGCUUUGGAGUAUUGGUGUUAGAGAUUGUGAGUGGCAGGAAGAACACUAGCUUCUAUAACAAUGAGUCACUCAAUCUUCUUAGAUAUGCUUGGGAGUUGUGGAAAGAUGAUCAAAGUUUGGACUUGAUGGAGCCAACAAUAGGAUAUCCUUCUUCCACUUCUAUUAUGUUGAGAUUCAUUAACACUGGCCUUCUCUGUGUCCAAGAAAGCCCAACUGAUCGACCUACCAUGUCUGAUGUAAUCUCAAUGAUUAGCAAUGAACAUGCACCUUUACCUACACCUAAGCAACCAGCGUUUUUCACAGGCCAAAAUAUGAUGGAUACAAAUUCUGCAGUUGACAGUGCAGGAAAUUGCUCAAAAAAUAGUGUAACUAUUUCAGCAAUGGAAGCCCGAUGAUUGAUUCCUAUAUGAAAGAAAAGAAAUGUUGGAGAAGCAAUCUUUUCACCCUAAUUUGUAUGCAUGUUGAUAUGCUAAAGAAUUGUCACUAAAUGUUGUCUUUGAAUUUGUAAGUUUUUAUGGGAUACUAUAAAUGUUGUUAACAAUUUCAGGUGUCUUUAAAAGAUUA